AUGUAUCGCCAAUCAACAACGCCUGCUCAAAUUAAGUCUCGACAGCUUUCUCAUCUUAAUUCUCAGCUUGCACAGCUUCAUGCGCAUCUUUCUGAUUUGGAGAAUCAUUUUAGAGUGACAGCAAUUCAGGCAGACGCGGUAAGAAGAUUAGGAGGACUACAGGGAUCUAUGUUUAUAUCUGCUAGUAAGGUUUUUGGGGAAGAAAAUACUCAGAACAUGGAAUCAAAUUAA